AUGGCCGAGGCGGAACUACAAAUGUGCGUUGUGUGCUCUAUGGACAUGACCCCGUGGAGUGUAGCAGACCGUGAGAUGCACUUAAAUUUGUGUCUAGAUAGUGAGACGAUGGAUCAGCGAUAUGAAUGCCCCACGUGUAGCCAAGAACUCUCGCACUGCGACGAGCGUCGACGCCUGGAGCAUGUAAACCUCUGUCUUGACAGAGUGGUGACGAACCGCGACGACACUGGAGUAUAUCGAGAAGAGGAAGAAAAGAAGGAGACUGACAUGAUACUGACGCAAGUGGUAGAUCCGACGCAAGUACAAAAGGAGCAAGAGAUGGUUCAAAACAGCGAUAAUGAGUGCAGUUACGUGUGCAAGAUCUGCGGCACUGAUAUUUCCGAGAUUGAUCUAAGUAAACGCAUUCGCCACGUAAAGUUAUGCGGGCAAAGAUUUGGUGUGAGAGCUGCUGAUAUGGCAGAGGUGGACAAAGCAGAGGCGAUUGCGACGAGGCUGGAAGAGAUGAAAGCACCAGACGCGUUUGCCAUGAUGACAAGUUCGUCGGAAUCAAAGAAACAAAGUGCUGGUGUUGAAAGGUCAAACGUCUUUGACGUCCUGAUGCGAGGCUCCAAAACGGCUGCUGUGCUCAACGCUAGGAAACGUCCCGUGCCUGUCAAAUUUACUCGCAAAGCUAUCAAAAGACGGCAUCUCUUGUAUCCUGAUUACAAGUGCAUCCGUGGAACGGAUCCACCAUUCAUAGUAGAUGGGUUUCAGUACGCGUGCAAAGAGAAUUCCAGCAUUUAUUUCCUCACACACUUUCACUCUGAUCACUACGGUGGAAUCACCAAGGACUUUGACUGCGGUAUCAUUUACUGCAAUGAAAUUACUGCCAAGCUUGUGGUUCAAGAGCUGGGUGUCCAUAGCAAAUACGUCCAUCCAGUGGGGAUGAACAUACCUGUGCUUGUCGGUAACGUACAAGUUACUUUCAUGGAUGCCAACCAUUGUCCUGGUGCAGCCAUCAUUUUAUUUCGCUUGAAAGACGGUAAAACAUAUCUACACACUGGAGAUUUUCGAUUUUACAGGAAAAUGCUGGGCUACCCUGCGCUACAAGCAUAUAUACCGACCGGAAAUGAAACAAUUGAUCAUAACGGUAAAAUUGUUGGCAUCAAUCGUCUGGAUGGUGUGUAUCUGGAUACAACCUACUGCAAUCCAAAGUACACGUUUCCGACCCAACAAGUUGCACUCGACCACGCGCUUGAUCUCAUGAAUAAGCAUAUGACGCAAGAGAAAGUGUUAUACCUGUUUGGAUCGUAUACAAUUGGCAAAGAGCGCAUGUUCAUGGAGAUUGCACGCAAGUUUCGAAAGAAAGUAUGUGUCUCGAAAGCGAAGUUGAGAAUUAUUGAAACCUUUGACUGGCCUGCUGAGGAUAUGCAGCUUUUGACGACGGAACCGUCAGCAACAAACUUGCACGUUGUACGCAUGCAGGAUCUUAAAAUGGACAAUCUCAUCAUACUGCUGGCGAAGCAUCGCCAACAUGUCCGCCAGAUUGUUGCGUUUCGCCCCACAGGAUGGACCUUCAGCAGCAAGAACCCGCGAGAAAUUUCUACUUGUUGCACUGAUCCUUCGGGCAAGAUCUUUGUCUACGGCAUUCCCUACAGCGAGCACUCGAGUUUUGCCGAGCUCUGCGACUUUGUCAAGGUCGUAAAUCCUCAUGCUAUAAUCCCAACGGUGAAUUGCAGCAACAAGCGUAGUGCGACGAAGCAGGUCAAUGCGUUGCGCCAGGUUGCGUUUCAUAACAUUUCGGUGCUUUUUAAGCAGCAGCAACAACAGAUAGAGCAACAGCUAUAG